CUUUAGAUUGUUUUUGUUGCAGUCAUGGAAUCCCACUUCCCUUCUGACAAAAAUGCUCCCUCCAAAUUCUCCAAGGAAGAAGAUGAAAUCUCUCCCAAAACCCUGGAAACAUGCAGAGAUAUGGUUUCAGCUCUUCCUAGAGAAAAUGGCUGGAAAGCUUACGGGGAUAUUUGCUUUUACCAAGGCUUUUGGUGCUAUUCUUAUUUACUAGAAGGCGCCAUCUUUGCUCAAGAUCACUACAAGGCUCAGCCUACUGAUAUUUUCAUCUGCAGCGUUCCAAAAAGUGGCACCACCUGGCUUAAGUCUCUGACCUUCGCCAUUGUCACCAGAACUCAAUUUGACAAUUCCACAUCCCCUUUGCUCAAUCAGAAUCCCCACAAUUGUGUUCCCCUUUUAGAGAUUGAUUUUUCCAGGAAAGGAAUUAAGCCAGAGCCAGGCUCUCUACCUCUUAUGUCCACCCAUAUGCCAUACGCUUCUUUGCCGAAAUCUAUAAUUGAUUCAGGUUGUAAGAUUGUUUAUAUCUGCAGAGAACCAAAGGAUUCGUUUGUUUCUCUGUGGCACUAUGCAAGCAAAUUACGAGCAGGACUUCAAGAACCCAUGUCAUUAGAGGAGACUUUUGAGCUCUUUUGUAAAGGAUUCUCUGACUAUGGCCCUUAUUGGGACCAUUUAUUAGGGUACUGGAAAGCGAGCUUGGAGCAGCCGGAGAAGAUAUUGUUCCUGAAAUAUGAAGACUUGAUUAAGGAUACAUCCUUUUCUGUCAAGAAAAUGGCUGAGUUCAUGGGAUAUCCUUUCUCACUGGAGGAAGAAAAGGAAGGAAAAAUUCAGGAUAUUGUUCAGUUUUGUAGUUUUGAAAAUAUGAGCAAUUUGGAGAUUAGUAAGACUGGAAAGUAUUCUUCUGAUAGUAUUCUUGUCGAGAUAAAAACACUCUACCGCAAAGGUAAGAUUGGAGAUUGGAAAAAUUGUCUUACAGCUGAAAUGGCUGAGCGUUUGGAUAAGAUAACAGAGCAAAAAUUGGGGGAAUUUGGUUUGUCGUUUGCUAAAAAUGAUGCAUGAAAAUAAUUACUGGUGUCACUUUGUGAGGAGUGAUUUCCUUUAUUUAAGUUUCCGGGUGCUUCGCAUUUUCGAAGUUGUUAUGUUUUUAUGUCAGAAUUUGAGUUUUUAUUGUUGUAAUAAUGUUACCUAUCUGCUUAUAUAGUUUGA